AUGGCGCAUCCGCCAACUGAUCCUGCCUUCUUCAAGGAAUUUGCGACUCACGACGUUAUCUACAAGACCGUGGAUAACCACGAUAUUCAAUUAUCGGUCCUGAUCCCAAAAGCCCUUCUGUCGCAGACAGCCAUUCCGCAAAAGAAGAGACCCGUGAUUGUUCAUUUCCAUGGCGGGUUUCUCAUAGCAGGAACUCGAACCUAUUCUGACUGGUUCGCGACAUGGCUGGUUGAGUUGGCCCUCUCUAGAGGAGCAAUUUUAGUGACUCCGGACUAUCGGUUACUGCCCGAAUCCACUGGUCGGGACAUCCUUUCGGAUUUGAACGACUUCUGGUCAUGGAUAAAAAUUGAUCUGGCCUCGAACGUCUCGACUGUUCAUCCAUCAUCCACUAUCCAGCCUGAUCUUGACAAGGUCAUGGUCAUGGGAGGAAGUGCCGGUGGCUAUCUGGCUGCACAAAGCAUGCUGUUGCAUCCUGAGAUCCAUCCCUCUGCCGUCGUCUUGGUAUACCCAAUGGUCCAUCUUCGAGAUCGUUUCUGGAACGAAAAGUACGAAAAGCCGAUGUACGGCACAACUCUACUUCCCUAUGAGCCAGUCGAGGAACAUCUCCGCAACCUCCCCGAUGGAGCGAUCGUUAGUAACGACAAAGACCUGGACAAAGGUCUGGGCUCAUCGCGGUCCGAGAUGGCCCUGCGAAUCGUUCAAAACGGUCGAUUCUUGGACUUCUUGGGUACGGACUCCAACUUAUUCCCAUUGGAGAACAUCUCACGUGCGACGACUAUGCCACCAUUUGUUUGGAUAUAUCAUGGAAGGCAGGAUUCGGCUGUACCGUACUAUGGCAGCGAGCGAUUUGUUGAGGAACUUCGUCGUCAUAAGCCAGAUGUCAAGGUUCGCUUCGAAGGACAUGAUGGGGACCAUGGAUUCGAUGCUGGGUUGACCAUCUCUGAGGGCUGGAUGAAGGACAGUAUAGCAGAACUCAGCCAAUACUGGUGA